UACGCACAACACAAGGGCAGGAGGCAGAAAUAUCAGGACAAUGCCAAGUGCUGAAGUUUGGGUUGGAAACUGGAGGCCCCACAGGCCCAGAGGGCCCAUAGCGGCCCUCUAUGGUAGUCCAGGGCCUAAGUAUGGUUUGCCGGGACUCACUGGCUCCUCUCAACAUGAUCCAACUAAACUCAAAGCGCCGAUGUUCAGCUUUGGGGCCCGUCAUAGCAGCAGGUGUGAGAGCUCCCCCGGGCCGAGCUACCUCAUCCCCUCAAAUGUCACCAGAGUGGGCCGCGACGGCACGCCUGCAUUUUCUCUCCAGAGCCGUCCAAAGGAGCCGGCUGUCUUCCAGGCCCCUGGACCAGGUAAAUACUCCCCAGAGCACUCAGAGAAGGCGGUCUUCCGCUCGGCUCCUGCCUUUUCUCUGUCUGGGAGAUGCAAAGAAUUCAACAUCAUCCAAACGCCAGGUCCAGCCUCCUACACUCUGCCCCCGGUGCUGGGCAGCAAAACCGUGGCCACAUGUACAGCUCCCACCUACUCUUUCUCUGGCCGCAGCAAAACUGGAGGCUUCAGUGAGGAUCUGAAGAAGACUCCUGGCCCUGCUGCCUAUAAAGUAGUAGAUCCAUGUAUUUACAGCAAAAAGCCUCCCCAGUUUAGCAUGACGGGCCGCAACUUCCCAACAGGUGAAACCACCCAGAAACCAGGACCUGGUGCACACUAUCCUGAGCAGGUGACCUUUACAAAAGCAAAAGCUCCGAGCUUCUCCUUCGGACUGCGUCACUCCGAUUACAUCUUACCCCUGAUUGAAAAUGUGCCAGAAUAACUUCACAGAGGAUGUCCUGUUUUAACAGGAAAUCCACACGGCGUAAAGCACAAUAAAGCACAGCA